UCGAUAAAAUAUCAUAUUUUGUGUUGAUAAUUAAUUUAUAUUUUAAUCGAGUUAUUAUAUUUUUUUUUUGUAUCAAUUUAUUAUUAAAUAAACUAACCAUCACUCGCGGCAGACCUAUAUCUUAUUUGAAACUACAAUGAAAAGUUUAGCAAAGUUAAUGAUGUAAAUUGAAAAAAAAGGUAAACGAAAAAAGGUUGGAGAAGCAGAGAAAAUGAAGAAAGAAUUUCAAUGUAACAAAAUACUUUUAAGUAAUGAAAACGUGAACGAUUUUUUCAUGCCAGCAUGGAAAGGAGUUCACCAAACAGUUUUACUGACAAUACGAGGUUUCUUUGCAACAUAUCUGAUUACCUUAAUGAUUAUCAGCAUCAUUGAAGCAAAUUCCGUCGUAUGGUUGACAUUUGCAACAUCUUGGAACUACGCAAUUAAUACCGCAUAUUUUCUAAGUGCUUUCUCUAUAUCCUUAUAUGGACAUAUGAAUUCAUCAAAAACGAAUGACGUUGAAAGAGCAGGGGAAAAGGAGCGGAGUGAUUUCAAAUUACCAGUAAAAUUCCAACUAUUCUGGAUUCUUUUUAACAUCUCAAUCACACUGUGUUUGGUUGUGGUGAUUAUCUACUGGCCGUUGUUGCAUGAUCCUGAUAUACCACGAAACGGUUUACAAACAUAUCUAACCAUAGAUCGUCAUGGGAUUAACUUUCUUUUCUUGGUAAUAGACUUCUUCCUACAUAAAACUCCAUUGAGAUUUUUACAUUUCGUGUACCCGUCAUUACUAGCUGUGGUUUACUUGGUAUUUAACGUACUUUACUGGGUGUCCACAGACAACAUUGUUUACCCUAUUUUUGAUUGGAAUAAAAAUCCUGGAAUGGCUUCUGGAUACGCUGUUGGAAUUUUGCUGAUUGUCAUGUUGGCGCAUUUUGUUUGGUAUUGGUUAAACAAAGGAAAAGAAACGCUUGUUUCAAGCGUUCAAAAAUAAAGUGAACGGUCAUGUGUGAAUGACACUGAAAUUUUCCAAGGCGUUGUAGGUAUAAUAUGUAUACCUUUUUGUGCCUUUGAAAUAUUCAAGCACAAAAUCAUAUCGAAACUGAUGAUCUAAUGAUGAUUUUAAUGUAUAAUAAAAACUUGAGUGGUGGCAUUAUACCUGAAACAAGCUUCAGUACAUCUACAGAACGACGUAUGUGCUAUAACUGAUCGAAUACAGAAAAAGUGGAAUAAAAUUCUUUCAUAUAAGUUUAAUCUAGUUAAAUGGGGAAACGGUGUCGCAAUAUAAUGUUUUAGGAGUAUUACUAAUAUAUCUAAAAAAAUACUAAUCAGGCUGCAAAUCUUCGUAAGCACUGGAUAGGAUUAACAAGUUAAAUAUAUGAAGUUGUCAAAAGUGUAUAAACUAAGGAGGUAAUUUAUGGCUUGUACUGCACAUUAUGUAAAAAUGUAAAUACGGACAGACGAUCUUAGAGUUUAAAUGCCGACUUAUAUAUUAUAUUUUGUUCUUGCGCGAUUGGCGCGAUAAUUUCAGAAGUAGAACAUGUACAUUUUCACAGGCCAACCAAUAGUCUUCUUUAAUGAAGUUAAUUCAUUUCAAUAUAUACCACACCAAGAUUAUUUAAGGUAUACCAAAAAUGCAAGAAAGUUAGUUUUUUGUGUUCCACCCGGUUCUGUAAUAUGUUUUUUCUGCAAUAAUCGCCCAAACUGGCGCCACACACGUCAAGUGCUGAUUAACUUUUUUUGCUUUGACGGAGUAACAGUAGGUUUCAAAUUUUUGAAUAAGAGAUAAGCGCUUUACUGGAUUUGUGACACAUUAUAUACCUGUUCUAUGUUCUCUAUGCGCGAAUGUGUGAUACACUUAAUCCUCUGAUAGACUCCUUCAACCCGAACUCAGAUC